GAUGUACAGUUUACUUCUUCUUCGCCAGAGCCUUCUUCGCCGGCGCUUUGGCCUUCGCGGCCGGGGCGGCCUUGGCCGGGAAGGUCCACGCCGCGCCGGGCGCCGUCGAGGGCUUCUUGGCCCAGGCCUCGCCGGGCGAGCCCGCGCGCUUCCAGGCGUGGUCGGCGUUCUCGGCGGACCCGGGCACGCGGUGGCCGUGCUGGACGCACUCGCCGUCGCCGUGGAACUUGAGCGGGCGGAAGUAGUGCGACGCGUUCGGCCGGGGCCGCGCGAAGUGCUUCGUCUCCGUCCCGUUGACCUUGAGGUCCGUCUCGACCCACUUCUGGAGGAAGUUGUGCGAGUACGUGUUCGUGCCGUACUGUUUGUUGCGCUCGAUGGGCGCCGCGACCUCGAAGGCCCAGCCCAUCUUCGUCGCGAAGCGCGCGGCCUGCUCCGCCGUCUCGAACUUGAGCUCCGUGUUGGAGAGGGGGUCGGCCGUCGACGUCCAGCCCAUGAGCGGGUUCGUCCAGCGCUCCUCGGUCUUCCAGCCCAGGCGCCAGGCCUUGGACGCGUGGCUCGCGGACGUCGUCGCGGCCUGGGCCUUCUGCGAGAUGACGACGGUGCGUUUUUUAUGAAUCUCGGGGAUGCGCAUGAGCGCGGCGGCCUCCUCGGGGUGGGCGGGACCCGCCGGCGCGAGGCCGUCGGGCACGACGGCGAUGUGCGGCGCCGUCACGCUCCGGUUGCGCUCGGCCUUGAUGCGCUCGAGGUUCGCGAGGUCCGCGGCCAUCUCGGGGUCCUCCGUCGAGAAGCAGCGCAGGCGCGGCCGCGCGAGGGACGCGGCGCGCCGCGGCAGGGCCCGCAGGAGGGCGGCGGCCAUAUUGCUCCUUUUUUGGUAGGCGCGGCCCUAGGUAGUCCCGCGCGCGGCCGGCUGAGACUUAGGGCUUGACCAGGGCUUCUUUCCGCGGCCGUAGGAGCGUAGCAGGCGGUGGCGCGUAGGUGAUCAAGCCAAAGGACUCG